AAAAAAUGGCCAGUGUGUGUAUGACGCAAACGGGUUACCAACAACAGCAACAUCACUUUCAAAUGUUGAACGGCAACAUAAUGUUGUUGCAAAAAGCACAACAACAACAGCAGCAACUGCAACAACAAACGCUCCAGCAAACAGCUACGCUCUACCAAACGAAGAAGCAGCAAAGCAUCGCGCCCGCACCCAAAGUGCUGGGCAGCAGCAAUCUGCAUAACAUCCAAAUGGGUCCGGGGGCUGCUGAUGACCUGCUGCCACGCAAGAAGUACACCUACAUGAAUAUGCCUUACGGCGAACAAUUACCGUCGGUGGCGCGUCGCAAUGCGCGCGAGCGCAAUCGUGUCAAGCAGGUGAACAACGGUUUCGCCAACUUGCGUCAACAUCUGCCACAGACGGUCAUCAAUACGUUGUCGCAUGGCGGACGCGGCGCCAGCAAGAAGCUCUCCAAAGUGGAUACGCUGCGCAUUGCGGUCGAAUACAUACGCGGUCUGCAGGACAUGCUCGAGGAGUCGCAACCAAGUACGACUACUAGUAAUAUGCAUGUUGGCACGGCGCUAUGCGAUGAGUCCAGCAAUGAUGGCAGCAACUACGGCUACUCCUCCAUGGGCAGUCCCAGCGAUGUCGCAUUCAACCAGCUGCAACGCUCUUACCACUCUGAGGCUUCAGUCUCGCCAGCGCCCAGUUACAGCGGCGACUCAGACAUUUCCAUUGGCGGCGCCAACUAUUUGCAUCCCGUCAAGUUGGAGGCGCAGCAGCAGCAACAGCCACAAACGGCCGUGCAUGCGUCGCAAUUCAAAUUCGAGUCGUUCGACGAUUUCGCACAUUUGUCGCCCGAGGAGGAGCAACCGGACGAUGAGGAGCUCUUGGACUACAUUUCUUCGUGGCAAGAGCAAUAA